GAAAUUCAGCAAUAAACCCUAGCUAAAGGGGGAUCAACCGGCUCCCUCUCUGUCUUGUCGUCAUUUUAUCAUCAACUUAGAGACGGCCGCCGGAGCCAUGAGUUUUGUGCAAGGGCGUCGUUUGCUUGCAUCGCUUGGCAGAAGGUUUCGUCCUCGGCAACCUAAACCUACAGAGCAGCCAGAGCGGCCUCGAAUUCGAUUGCGGCCGGGAGAUCCGUAUGGUAGGCCCCGGCCUCGUCCCUUCGUCAUGGAGAUGAUAAAGGGUAUGAAACUACUUACUGCGGGUGAAAAGUUGAAAUUUGGCUAUAUAUUCAGUGAGCUGCUGGGUCUUCCAAAACCUCUUGAGAUAAAAAGCAAAGAUAAAAAAUUUGCUGUGAAGUUGGUCAAGUAUGACCCUGAUAAAAGGUCCAAAGUGCUGAAAGAGGUUGCAUGGAUCAAAUCUACAGUAGUAGCGAUCAAACAUUUGGCCGAGUUGGGUCUGCAACCAUCGCUCCAAUGUGUGCAGGACGUCCCCUACUCCCUCAUUAAAGAUGAUGUCACAAAGGAAGAAGCUAAUGAAAUCAUUGCCAAGAUCCAAGCUGCUGGUGGAGUCGCUGUUAUGGAGCCAAUGGAGUGAUCAUGAUCUUUGGCUUUUCUUUUCUUUUUUUGUCUUGUGAUUACAGUAGUACGUAGUAGAUGGUUUUUUAUUCUUUCUGUCUCAUGAAUCAUCUGGUCAAUAAAAUUUUAAAAGAUGGCCAAGAGUUGCAAACUA